UUCUUGCCUGGUCAGUCUCCUUGUUGAGCGCGGGGGGCACAUUGGUUAACAACAGCCUUUGGAAGAAGAACUUAUGACUGAAGCAUUUUCAUAAGGUUGGGAACAGUUUCUCCGUAGAAAACCUAGAAUUUACAUAAAAACGUGGAUUGGCGAGGCAAACAACCGUUAAACACCGAACUCCUGAGACACUGAUUGUGUGGGAGCGUCGUCUUGAACGCCGCUGAAGGCUCUAAGCGUCAACCUCUCCAGGCGUUCGGCACCAAUACAUCUGCCAGCUAUAGGACGGUUACACGAAACAAACGGCUUGUGUUACUUAGGACACAUUUUAUAAGCAGUGAGCACCUAAUAUCAAUGUAGCACAUGGAUAUGGUGUGGACUGAUAGGGGCUGUUAAAAUUAAUGGGACUUGGUCCAAAAGUGCUACCGUUCAAUUGCGCCGGCUGGAACUGGGGCAGUGAAUGUGCCCAGUCGGCUACGCAUGGAUUUGUCAAUAGAAAGACGACCAACCAACGCAUCCUUUUGUCACCAACGCAUCCUUUUGUUGUGGUGGAUAAAUUGUUCCACAUUGUAGCUAAAAUUGAAUAUUUUAUUCCAACAAUAAAAAAGACCAACAUUUAUGAGAAUUCAGGGGAGGUAUUUUAACUGGAUCCAAGUGCGUCUAACUCGGGAAUCCUGUCGACUACGGAUUUGAUUAAUCGCUUUCAAAGACAUCCCACUGCUCUCCAAAAACGGGACAAGAUGCCGUUCCACCAUGUGACGGCAGGACUGCUGUACAAGGGGAACUACCUGAGUCACUCUCUGUCUGAGGACAACGACAGUGACCAGCUGGCCAGCAUCUCUGUGGAGGAGCUAGAUGAGAUCCGGGAGGCAUUCAGAGUGCUGGACCGGGAUGGGAACGGGUUCAUCUCCAAGCAGGAGCUGGGUAUGGCCAUGAGGUCCCUGGGAUACAUGCCCAGUGAGGUGGAGCUGGCCAUCAUCAUGCAGAGACUAGACAUGGAUGGAGACGGGCAGGUGGACUUCGAUGAGUUCAUGACGAUCCUAGGACCCAAGCUCCUGUCGUCUGAAACCAGGGAGGGCUUCCUUGGGAGCACGAUAGACAGCAUAUUCUGGCAGUUUGACAUGCAGCGUAUCACCCUUGAGGAGCUGAAACACAUCCUGUUCCAUGCCUUCAGAGACCACCUGACCAUGAAGGACAUUGAGAACAUCAUCAUCAACGAGGAGGAGAGCCUCAACGAGAACUCGGGACACUGUCAGGCAGACUUUGAAGGAAUCCAUUCUAAAAAUAAGAACCGGCAGACGUGCGUGAGGAAGAGUCUGAUCUGCGCUUUCGCCAUGGCCUUCAUCAUCAGUGUCAUGCUCAUCGCAGCCAAUCAAAUGCUGCGGAACGGCCUGGAGUAGCCACGCCCGGCCACGCCCACUGUGAGCGGGAAAAACAAACCUGCAUGUGCAUGAUGACAGUGGGUGAGGUCAUUUCCAGUUUCUUUAGAAGAAAAAAAACGACUUCAAAAAUGCCUCACUGAUGGUGACAUACAAACAAAAAACACUGACUGAUAAACCACCAGAUUUUUCUGAGUGAAUGACAGUCCGACAUCCAACGACACUGAGAAGCCAGCAUGAGGAGGCCAGCGAGACCCCUCAUAAUCGCUUUACUCUGGCAGGGACAUUCAAGGGCUGACUUUUGCUUACUCUGCUGUCUCUGUUCCCUAAUGCAAUAAAAACACAAGUACAGGAGUUCAGUACUCUUCUUCUCUUCCCUUCCCUACCCAGAGUCUUCAUAUGAAGGUACUUCAGAAGGAGAUUUUAACUUCUUGCCUCAGAAGGCAGAAUUCAUGGUGGAUUGAGACAGGCCCUCAGUGUAUCUGUAUAAGGCAGCAUCCUUGUAGAUUGAGACAUAUCCUCAAUUGUAUCUGUGUGAGAGAGAUUGGAGUUAGGAGUGCCUCCUGCGCUGCAGCCUGAAGAGCUACGGGAUGCACCGCUGCAAUCUGGCUACGCACACACACACUUAUGCAUGCACUAACACACACACGCACUUAUGCAUGCACUAACACACACACAUGC